GGGAACUGAUGUGCGCGUUGCAUUGCGCUUUCAUUUGGUGGAUGGAAUCUGGACCGUCUAUUCAAUUCCGAUCGCAUCUGACGGGUUCUCCUGGUGGUGCCAAGAAUCACGGUGCGUGGCUGUCACUGGUUUGAUCACGUGACAGCUUCCUUCUCUUUAAUUGGUCUUAUCUGCUAAUUUCACGGUCUCUGUUUCGUGAUGAACCGCGGACACACAAUCGAAGACAUUCGGCUGAAGGGUAAACAUGUAAUUACAAACGAUUCGAUUUUUCUAGAAAACCUCCUCCUCCAGUUCACUGUGGUGACCCUAACCAUCUUUCGCCCCCAAACAAAAACAUCUCUUAACGCUCGGUUCCUCUGUCACCUGAUGCGCCACCGCUUUCUGCCAUCUGCUGGUUCGCUGCCUGCCAUUCAUCAAAAGACAUCUCCACUGCAUUCUCUUUGUUUGCGCCGGAGAUUCGAAGCCCUGGAGGAGGACCAGAGAAGACUAUACUGUUGCCCAAGGAAGUAACGGUCGGUAAAUCCAGAUUCUAGGCUCGAUCUCCUCUGCCUUCUCUGUGAUCCUUGAGUUCGUUGGUCUAUGACUCUUCUUCGUGGCGGUGAUUUUAUUUGUUCAUAGGGCGGUGGCGGCCAGGGUGAACGUACUGAAGGCGGCGGCUAAGAUCAGGAAGGUCCCGGCGGCUGAAGUCCUCGUUUCCCUGGCAGUGAUCAAGAAGGAGAAGGCUGAGCCGCCUUCGUUUCUUGAAACCCUCGGGAGGGACACAAGUCAGGAAAUUGUUUCACUCGGAGUACUGAUUUUAAGGAAAGAACUUCUAUCUGUGGGAGGGAAGUCGGUGGUUGAUGACAAAUCUGCAUUGGUUCGAAUCAUUGGAGGGUCCAGGCAUCGAGAAUGCUACGAACAAGCAUAUUGCAGAAGGUUUCUUCUCCCACAUCGAACGAGAUGUGCUGCUUUGUCCCAUUUGACUGCAGCAUACAGAAAAGAUGGAAGAAACCAGUGGAUUCUGCACAAACUCGUCUGGAGAACAGAACAAGAGAUCUCAAGCUUGACAAGCUGAUGAAUCAGUUGAAGAAGCUAAGGUUGGUAAUGGGAGUUCAUGAGCUAAUGGCAAAACGUAGGGGUCACUACACAUCCGUUCAGCUCCUCUCUAGAUGGAAACACAUGGUUGGCUUGAAUACAGAAAUAGGUGACUUUCUUCACAAGUUUCCCCAUAUUUUUGAGACGUACAUUCACCCUGUUAAGAAGAAUCUUUGUUGCAAACUCAGUCAAAAGAUGAUCGAUUUGAUUGCGGAGGAAGCUAGGGUCAUUAGAGCAUCUGAAUUCACUGUUGUUCAGCGUUUGAGGAAGCUUCUGAUGAUGUCUACUCUUGGAACGUUGAACCUCCAUGCACUAUGGCUUUCAAGGAGGGAGUUGGGAUUGCCGGAUGAUUUCAGGGAUUCAGUGAUUCCAAAGUAUCCAGAUUGUUUUAGAGUUGAACUUCCUGAUACCUUGGUACUCAUCUCUCGAGAUGCAAGUUUGGCUGAAGCUGAGAUUGAGAAAUGGAGGGAGAAAGAGUACAGAGAGAAAUGGUUGGGUGAGCAUGAAACCAAGUAUGCUUUUCCAAUUCAGUUUCCUACAGGUUUUAAGAUCGAAAAAGGAUCGAGAGAAAGGCUGAAGAACUGGCAGAUCCUUCCUUACACGAAGCCUUAUGAGAAGAAGCAUGUUAUCAGGAUUUGCAAUGUUCUGCGUUUUGAGAAAUGUGCUGUCGGCAUUCUUCAUGAAUUUCUGAGUUUGACAAUGGAGAAGAUGGUUGAGGUCGAAAGGUUGUCGCAUUACAGAAGAGAUUUUAGGAUGGAAGUUAAUGUGAGGGAGCUCAUUCUUAAGCACCCGGGCAUAUUUUACAUUUCCACCAAGGGGAGCACCCAAACCGUGUUUCUUAGAGAAGCUUACAGCAAAGGUUGUCUGAUUGAGCCCAACCCUGUUUAUGCAGUACGAAGGAAAAUGUUGGACCUGGUUUCGCUGGGAUGCAGAAAUACCAACCAGAAGCGACAACUGGAGCAACUUGAUGAGCGAUGCGACAAUCAGUAUAAUGGAGAUCUGGUUGCUCAGAUGGCAGAAUGUCAUGAUGAAGAACAUAUCAUGGAGGAUCUCUGCAGCAGCAGUCUUCACUCUGACGAGGAAGAUGCAGAGUGAAACUUGGGUUCCUCGUUGAUGCAUGGGCGAGGAGAAGGCAAGGUAGUUUGAAGCUUCAAAAUAGCUUAUUCCCUGUGUGAUUUUGCUCUGUUUGCAAAACAUGAUUUAAUCAGUCCAACGGAGCUUACAAUUUUGCUUUUGAAGAGUAAGCCGAAGCAGUAAUAUAGUAUGAUCUUGUCAAUUUGAUUAGUGGACUGGAUGCCUUGUACCCAGUGUAACAUAGGGUGGAAAUAUACUCUGUUCAAUAUUUUUUA